AUGGUUGAAUUGUGCGAAAUGGAAUUUUUCUGGACACAAUUCACAAGAGUCACAAAAAAGUGUGACGAGGAGGCCGAAAUCGACAAAUUGGGUCUCAUCACACUAAAAAACAAAGACGAGGAUAAAAUUGGCAUUUUGCCAAGGAAUAACGACGAAAAGCACACAUUUAUCACUCUUGGCAUCGGCAGAGAUAUCACUGGAGAGCAACGAUGGAAGAGGAAAAUGGAAAAGUUGGGAAAAACCGUAGAGUUCUAUGGUGCUGAUCCAAUGACAGAAAUAAAUGAAGAGUUGUAUCCUCAAAUUGGAAAAUAUUUCCCAUUCGCCGUUUCCAGAACUCCCGGAUAUGCAACUGCGAGUGUUCUCAAAAAUCGACAGUAUAUAAACCAAAGUGUGGUCCAUGUAGAUAUCAUGUAUUUCGUGGAUAAGUUGUUGAAGAUUAAUAAAAUCGAUAAUUUAUGGAUGGAUGCAGAAGGUGCCGAAUACGAUAUGUUUGAAAUUUUUAUGAAAAACGGUAGUUUUGCUCAGAAUGGUAUUGAUGUAUGCCAAAUCAACAUUGAGGUCCAUCUCUCAGAAACCGGGCCGAACCAUUUGAAUUACGAGAGUUCCAACUCGUGGAGAAUGCUCCUUCCAAUUAUUCUUCUUAUUUCUACAGUUUCCUUGGCUGAAGCCGGAAAGUUUACUCCAAACAAAUAUGAACUCGAGUUGACUCCCGAGUUCUUUGGAGAUAACUCUUUCACCGGAAAAACCAAGAUCCAUGUGGAUGUUACCGGGUCAGUCGAGGAAUUUGAUCUACAAGUUUCAAAGGAUUUGGAGAAAGAUGGCGACAAGAUUCAUGUUACUUUACCUGCCCCAAUCACUAAGGCAAGUAUCACAAUGAAGGGAUUCAUUGAAAUUGCUUACAAGGGAAAAGCCGGAAAGAAAGGUGCCAACAAGGGAUUAUUCCUGACCAAUGAUAACGAUUAUGUGACUGAUUUGAAGAACGGAAACGCAAUCCACUUGUUCCCCAUUCUUGAAGACGUUGCUGUUCCAUUGGCUCUUUUCAUCAUCACCCCUCGUCGUGCUGUCGUUGAGAUGGAACUAAUGAAUGGGUCGAAUCUUAUGGGGGAACAUAGAAAUGUUGAAGGAAAUUAA